AUGUCUGCCCCGCAGGAACCUGCACAUACGGUGUCUGACUCGACCCUGCCACCAGCCACAAAUCAGAACAGUCGGAGGUCAGGACUGUCAGCGUACGAACGGUCUGGCGAAGGCCGUCCACCAUGGAUCUUGACUCGUAUUGAGCUCAAGCUUCUCGGUAUUGCGGGUGUUGGGUUUUUUUUAGACGCCUACGAUCUGUUCAUUAUCAACCCCAUUGCAACCAUGCUGCAAUACCACCUAUACGGCAGCCAUGCUCUUCCCGCAGGAUUGCAAGGCUUCGUCAAGGCCGGCGCAAAUGUUGGGAGCGUGAUCGGGCAGUUCACGUUCGGGUUCGCCGCCGAUUAUUAUGGACGAAAAGCAGUUUACGGGAAAGAGCUGAUGGUCAUUAUUUUUGCGACUAUCUUCUGUAUAUCCGACCCGACUGGUGACCUCUCCCCGUCUGGCGCCCUCAUCUGGCUCGGUGUGUGGCGGAUCGUGCUCGGAAUCGGCGUGGGGGGCGAUUACCCCAUGUCCGCCUCUGUCUCGACUGACCGAGCGCGUUUGCGAAAGCGCGGAACGAUGCUAGCUUACAUCUUCUCUGCUCAGGGAUGGGGGAGUCUCGUUGGCAGUCUGGCCACGAUCAUAAUCCUUGCGUGUUACAAGGACGUCAUGGACACGAAAGGAGAAGUCUCAAAAGUCGACGGAGUCUGGCGUAUCAUCAUCGGUCUUUCGUUGAUCCCGGCGUUCGGCACCCUCUACCAGCGACUCACCCUCCCCGAAGCCAAGUGUUUCGAAGCCGCAAAAAGUGACACCGUCGAUACAUAG